AUGACUAAGCUUAGUAGGGAUCCCUGGGGAGAGCUCAUGUGGACUGGUUUCCCCAGUGGGCCAGGCGCCCGCUCCCUGCUUAGGAAAGGGCGCGGGGCGCCGACCCCCUGCUCGGGGGCUGUGCGCGAGCGCCGGGCCGAGCCCGCGGGCCCCUUCCCGCUGCUGGUGCGCGGCGCCUGGGGCUCGGCCGAGCCGCCGAGCUCGCUGCGCAGGAAGCUGCUCUGCUACUUCCAGAGCCAGAAGCGCUCGGGCGGCGGCGAGUGCGAGCUGCGAGCGGGGCCGGCGCCCGGGAGCCUCCUCGUCUGCUUCGCCCGCCGUGACGUGAGGCAGCGAGUUCUUCAGAGACAGAUUCAUGAGCUGGACUUGGGAGAAAAGGGGAAGUUGAACCUGAUCGUCACAGAGCUUGAAACAGCCACUGAAGAGGAAACAUCUGACGAAAAACUAGUUCCCACCAAGAAUAGAAAAUAUGAAGCAGCGGAAACCUGCAGGGCAAAGGAGAGUUUUGAUCCCAAUACUGAGCCGCGGGAGAAGUCGUGCUCCAUGGAGAACAUAGCAGGGUGCUCCACAAAGACCUCGCUGUUGGUGGCCCUUGAGAACGUGCAGCACUUCAGUGCACAACGCUUGGGUGCGCUGCUGGAGAACGUCAGCGGCUUCGUGGCAGACAAGGACUUCUGCCUGGAAAUGAGGCCUGAAACAAGCACUGCCGUGGUUACGUUGUUAAAACGUAUCGAUGCUGAAGAAUUUGUCAAACUCUGUGCAGAAAGCAAUCGACUUAAGAAAUUGAAAAUUACGGCUAAACUUCUUGAAGAGACCCACAGCAUCAAGGCUGAAAUCGUACCAGGUGGUGUUUCUACAGACCAUAUCGCUGCUUGCUUUGAGAACGUGAGCAGUGGGGGUGGGCCUGUGGUGGAUGUCCAGCUCCUACCCGAGGAGCGCUCGGCCAUCACCACCUUCUGCAGCCCCAAAGAUUUAAGCACUGUCUUGGAAAAGCAACAUUCACUUGAACAGAUGCCGGUUUCCAUUUAUCCCUAUCAUCAUCGCCUGGGAACAGCUCUCUCUGGAGAGAAAAAGCCAAGUGUCGAGAUGCCGAAGCCCAUUACUUGUCCACUGGAUCCCUACGUCUGGCAGUUUUUAGAAAGGCAGGACGAACUGAUCCAAGAUAUAAACCAGGAAAUGGCAGCUUGCCACUGUGAUGUUAUAUGGCCAGAGCCCGACUGUGCACACCCAGAUGAGGUUGUGUUGUUUCCCUCAUCAUCCCUCUAUGAACAGCAAGAGCCAAUGAUGCAGGUGAUCAAAACGUGGAGGGAAGAUGCCUCGGCGCAGCUCUCGCACAUCCUGUCUCGCUACACGUCCGUCAUGUGCCAAGUAGAUUCGGUGUUUUGGAACGAUGUGAAUGCCGAACGGGUGAACGAUGCUUCUUUGAUGAUAGCAUGUGUUUGUAUGGGUCUGGUGGUGAUUGCCGGCGACAGAGCAGCCGUGAACAGAGCAGAGAGAGAACUGAUGGAACGCAUGGAAAAAGACGUGGAAGAAAGGAAAAGGCAAGAAAAUAGUAUAGAAGUUUCUGUGUCAGUGAUGCUAGGGAAGUAUGCAGUUUUGCACAAUGCUGGACUAGAAGAGGAUAUUUGCAAGGAAUAUCCACGCAUAAAGAUCUUUUAUGAUGAUACAAAAAAAGCCAUCCAGUUGUGUGGGUUACCUGAGGAGGUGUCUAAAAUCAAAAUGCGCUUACUGGAGAAGGUACAGAACGUGCCAUAUAAAUCAGUUAACAUCACUCCACAGGUUUUCCAAUUUCUACAAUGUGUAGAUAAUAAGACAAUGUCAGAGCGAUUAUUUAUUUCAAAAAAAAUAAAAGCUUUUUAUGAGCUUGAGGAUGAUGCUAUAGUGCUGUUUGGAUACACUCCGGAAGAUCUUUCAGAUGCAGAAAAGCAAAUAGAGACAGAUUUGGACUACAAGUGCAUUGAUCUGGAGGACUCCGAAAUCAUUAAAAAGGAGGAAUGGAGGAGUCUUAUUGACUUCUCCUGUAAGAAGUACAAUUAUUCCCAGAAAACUGUAAUAAUUGAUGAAUGUAUUGGAAAAGAAAAUAGAGUGACCAUUACUGGCUUUUCUAAAGCCGUAGCAGAAGUUUAUCAGAACAUUUUUUAUUUAGUAGAUAGAAACACACACAUGAAAAAAGUAAUCCCAGCUAAGUCAGCGGCAGUAGUGCAGUUUGUAGAGAAGGAAAAACCAAAUGUUUGCCUUGAAUUCAAGAAGAAAGGUGUGAAGAUGUGUUUUGACACCAAGGUACCAUGUAUUUCUCUGAGCGGCCCAAAAGCAGAAGUAGCAAAGGCAGUCACCACAUUAGAGCAAGUUCUGUCCUUGCUCUGCUAUAAAAAUGUGCCAAUUGAUAAACCAGGAGCCAAAGAAUUUUUCACAGAGAAGAAAGAUUUGCAUGUUUUUGAGGCAAAGCAGAAAUACAACUGUUUAAUUCUGCUGAAAGUAGAAGAACAAGGGCAAAAAGGUGGAGAAGUUGAUAGUAAAGGGGAAAGAGAGGUCUGCUAUGAGGAAACCCUGGAAGGAGGAGUUACAGUAUUAGUGUGUAAAGGUGUCAUGUCUAAUUAUCCAGUGGAUGUUGUGGUAAAUGUGUUGAAUAAAGACUCAAAACUCCCGGAUGACCUUGCUGGGCCCCUUCUCCAGGAGGCUGGUCCAGACCUGCAAAGAGAGUACAAACAUCUUGUGAAAAACCAUGGGCGUCUGAAGCCUGGAUGCAUUGCCAUCACUGGUGCCGGGAAGCUCCCCUGCAAGCACGUCAUUCAUGCUGGUGGGCCCGAGUGGAAGAAAACAGACAGAGAAAAAUGUUUGCACCAUGUAAGGAAGAUAGUGAGGAAGUCUGUACAGCUGGCUGAAAAGUGCAAUCAUCUCUCCAUAGCUCUCCCCUUUGUACGUGCUGGGAUUUUGGGUAUCCCAGUGGAACUGUGUGCACAAUCAAUUGUAUCAUCCCUCAAAAAAACCUUGGAAGAAUCCAGGUGGGACAGGAGCUUGAGGGAGGUUCAUCUUGUGGGCGAUGCAGACAAAACAGUUCGAGUUCUGAGUGAGACAGUAAAACAAGUGUUUGCUGCUAAAUCACCCAUUUGGCCAUUGCUUCCCCAACCCUUUAGCAGCGAAAGCAUGAAGGAAAGCCAGAAAGCCAAGAGAAAAGACAAUCUGCAGAUGGUUACAACAAAUGAAGGACUGUGCAUCAAGCUAGAGAAAGGAAGCAUUCAGGAUGCCACGACAGAUGUUAUUGUCAACAGCAUUGGCAUGGAUCUGCAGCUUGGCGUGGGGCCUCUUUGCAAAGCCCUGCUGGAGAAGGCUGGACCAGGACUCCAGUUAGAGUUUAAUCAGGAAAAGCAAAGACGGAUAGCUGGAAAAGGGACAGUGUUCCAUACUAGUGGACACAAUCUCCUCUGCAAGUCUGUGCUUCAUGCUGUUAUUCCCGUCUGGGAUGGAGGAAAAGGAGAGGCUCUGAAGACCUUAAAAGACGUAGUCAAAUUUUGCCUGCAGAAAACAGAAGAACUUGCACUGAAUUUGAUCACUUUCCCAGCAAUUGGAACUGGAGGAUUUGGAUUUCCCAAGUCCACUGUAGCUAAAUUAAUGUUUGACACAGUGUUUGAGUUCAGUAGCCAUCACACUCCGAAGACACUCCAGGAAGUUCACUUUCUCUUGUACCCCGGGGAUACUGGUAACAUUCAGGCAUUUACCAGUGAACUGGAACGUCGGGUAGCUGAGAAUCGCAUUAAGGCAGCACCACAACACAUUUUCAUUGGGCCAAUUGUGACUAGCUCAUCAGGAGUUCAUGAAAUGAAGAUUGGUUCUAUUACACUUCAACUGAUUAAUGGAGAUAUUACUAAGGAAGACACAGAUGUUAUUGUAAACAUAACAAGUUCAGCAUUUAAGGCCAACUCAGGACUUUUCAAAGCAGUUAUGGAUGCUGCUGGUUCCCAGGUAGAAGAAGAAUGUGCUCAGUAUGCUGGGCAGCUUCAGAGUGGUUUUGUUACCACAGAAAGUGGAAAUCUGCUGUGCAAGAAAAUCAUCCACCUGAUUCAUAGCCUGGACGUAAAGAAUCAGGUGACCCAAGUGCUUCGGGAGUGUGAGCUCCGAAUGUACACGUCUGUGGCCUUCCCAGCAAUUGGAACAGGUCAGGCAAGACAGAGUCCAGCAAAGGUAGCUGAUAACAUGCUUGGUGCUAUAAUUGAGUUUGCAAGCCAAAAAGCUGUACUGCAUUUGAGAAGAAUUAGAAUAGUCAUCUUUGAGACAAAGAUGAACAGUGAAUUUUAUGAAAGCAUGAAGAAAAGACAAGAAUUACAUACCCAUGAUUCUGAUACAGAUGAAUCUAAAUUAACAUCAUUAUUUGGCCAAAAAAAGUCCACUGAGAAGAAACAACCGCUCGUUUUGGAGAAGAAAGUUGAGUUAGUCACAUUCCAAAUUUGUGGAGAAAGACAACAAAAUGUGGAUGCUGCUGCGUCCUGGAUAAUGGAUUUGAUUUUAAAGGAACAGAGUGAAAACAUUAUUUCAGAUGAGCUAAUUGAAAAUUUUGAUAGGGGGCAGAUGAAGACUCUGGUAGAUCUUCAGAGAAGAAAACAUGUAACCUUUCAGUUUGAAAGCAACCGGUCUCCUCCGCGCAUUAAAAUUUCUGGUAUUAGCCGGGAUGUCUAUUCAGUUUCUAUGGAAGUUCAAAAUAUGAUCCAAAAACUUAGGGAUACUCAAGAAGAACAAUCCAAGGCAGAACUUGUGUAUAACCUAGUGGAAUGGAGGUAUCAAGAAAGCAAUGAUAGUUUUAGAACUUUUGAUAAGCUGACAAAUAUGCAGCUGGAAGAUGCUAAAAUAGCUAAAAAAGCACAUCUUACUGUCAAAAUUAAGAAUAAGAAUUACAAAGUGAAUAUAAACACUCUACAAGCUAAUGAUGACCGAGGAACAACUAUAAGCAUUCAACGUGUGCCAAAGAAUGAAGAGAAGCAGGCGAUAGAGCUGCCGGCAGAGUGGGAGGACAUGAAGGACAAGCCGGUCUUGGUGGUGAACCUCCCGUCGGAGAGCCAAGAGUAUCAGAACGUUGAGAAGGAAUUUCGGAAAACCUGUCCCAAUCUCACCAUAGAGAAGAUUGAAAGAAUACAAAAUUCCUACCUCUGGCAGAGCUACCAAAUCAAAAAGAACGCUCUGGAUAAGAAAAACAAAAAUUGGAUGAAUGAGAGGUUGCUUUUUCAUGGGACAGCAGCAUCCUCACUGAGCACCAUCAAUUACAGGGGAUUUGAUCGUGGUUUUGCUGGAAAGAAUGCUGCCAUAAUUGGAAAUGGAACCUACUUUGCUGUCAGGGCGAAUUAUUCUGCCCAGGAUGAUUAUUCCCAGCCCGAUUCGAGUGGCAGAAAAUACAUGUACCUGGCUCGGGUGCUCACGGGGCAGUACUGUGCCGGGAGGGCAGGACUCAUCACCGCUCCAUCGAAAAACACGGCAGACACAACCGACCACUACGACAGCGUGGUUGAUAAUGAGAAAUUUCCAAAUAUGUUUGUCAUCUUCAACGACAUCCAGGCGUAUCCGCAGUACCUGAUUACGUUCAGGAAAUAG